GUAUUUCAUUGAAAUAUACGCAUCACAACACGUAUGUGUCGCCAAAAUCUACAUUUAGAGGUCCGUGGUUUCACUGCAGGCGCCAAAGGUCAUACCAUACAGCAAAGGGAUAAGGAGCUACACCUAGCUCGGUCUCUCGUUUUUGGAAUUAGAACUGUAUACGAUGGAAGACGCACAGACAAACGGAAUGGCGAGAGAAAAUGGUCAAGAUAUAGUUCUGUCUGAGUCGAGAACGAGGUUUAAUGAGCACAAGGGUAUUGUCUUGCCUUCUCAUGCUCUGCCAGAGGUGAUCGAAGACCUCCAGUCGUUCAAAUUUCGACCAGACGAUAUAUUGGUCGUGACGUCUCCAAAAUCAGGAACACAUUGGGUCUUUGAGACCGUAGCUCUCAUCAUGGCGGAUGGAGUUUGGGAGAACGUGAAACGAGAUACGCUGAAGAAUCAUCUCGAGUUUGUUAUCCUCAACAAAGAUGCGUUUGAUGAAAGUAAACCCAUGACCAUGUUCUAUAAGCAGUUGGAUAAGAUGCCCUCCCCGAGGAUCAUGUUCACUCAUCUUCCACUCGAGCUCUUACCACCGGGUGUCUUUGAAGCCAAUGCCAAGAUUAUCUACAGUGCUAGAAACCCCAAGGACGUAUUAGCAUCUCUGUAUAGGUUCAUCGGUAAGACGCCAGAGGCCCUGUUUGUAACAUGGGAAAUACUGUAUUCUACAAUCUUCACCGAUCAAUUCUUUUACGGUGCCUGGGAUCGACACGUCCUGUCGUACUGGAAACUGAGAAAUGACAAAAAUGUUCUCUUCUUGAAAUAUGAGGACAUGAAAAAGAAUCCCACGAAGAUUGUCGCUCAAAUUGCCGAGUUCAUCAACCACCCAAUCUCAGACGAUGUCCGAGACGUGAUCGUCGAGAAGACUUCGUUGGAUAAGAUAAAGAAAGAGAUGAAGAGACUGGAAGAAACUUUAGAAGAUGGUUACAUGUUCAGCAAGGCUUACGGGACAUUGAACUAUUUUCAGAAAGGUGUAAUUGGUGAUUGGAAGAAUUAUUUUACGGUGGCUCAAAACGAACAAUUUGACAAGGAAUUGGAGGAGAGGCUUGGAGAAAGUGGACUUGAAUUUGACUACGAAUAAUCUUCUCAGCUUGGUCAUCCCACGAUCUACUCAACCAUGGACCUAGGUCUAUGACUCAACCGAUUGUCAUGUACAGCAGAAAGUCAGAUACACUGCAAAAACUGCGGUGUUGAUUUAACACUAGCCCGGAAUCUAUAUAUGUCCACACCAGAGAAAUGUUAAACAACACCAGUUUCGUUUUGGUCUAACACCAGAAAGGUGUGUAUACAACGCCAAUUAGUAUUAGAACAGCAUCGGUUUGAUUCCAAACUGGUGUUGUUUCAAAACUUUUCUGGUGUGGGCACGAUUCCGGGCUGGUGUUAAAUAAACACCGCAGUUUUUGCAGUGUGUAUUCUGGGAACCCUGAAAAUAAAUAUACAUGUAUUCUGCUUUAGUACAAGUCACGUGGUUGGGCUGAUUAUCAUUUCAUUUCAUUUCAUUUAUUGGUUUAUGCAACACUUUUUCAUAAACACAUGAACAAAGAAAAUACAAUAAUAAUAUACGUAUAACUGACAAGCAAAACAUUGAACAUAAUUGCAUUUUCUAUUAAUACAUAUCGAUUUUUAGAAGGUUGCAGGGGUUGCCACUAUAAGCUAAGCUUGACUGCGUGGCAACCCCAUGUCGGCUUUAAUCACUAAAGUAUAUGCUCGUAGUCAUAGGCUGUGUAAUUCGUGAUUCGUGAACUUUAAUUGUUUAACUCUUGCAUAUACUCUUCGUAGACUACUUGAUGGUUGGUUUUAUUAAACACUAAUCACCAAGUGUGUUAAUUGUAAAAGAAAGAUUGACAAAUAUAUCUCCUUAAAAUGGAAAUUCACGAAAUGCAAGCAAAAACACUUUUUAUUUUUUUGUGCGUUUUAUCAUUUUGUCUUUUCUUCUAUAGGCCUACCUCGUUUUAGAAAAUAGCUUUGCAAGAAGUAUUUUUAUAUCGUACAUUAUGACAAAUUUAUAUUUUUCUAUUAUCAAAAUUAAUAUAACCGUAUGCACCUUACAAGCCGUCAUUUAUGUAUUCAUGUGCUUGAAUUGAUUUCCGUUACGUGUAUUUUAUGUUUAGUACUUGAUAGUGAUAUUGUAUUUAUCAAUAAUUAUUGCACAUAUUUUAUGAUUUUGUGAUUUGUUGUACAUGUACAUAAUUAUAUAAUUAAUGUUACUUUCAUUAUGGAAAUAAAUAACAUUGAUUGGAAUUAAAAUGGAAGGCAAGCUAUUCUUUAUUCUAUUACUUUGACUUAAUUAAGUAAGAAGAGAAAAUUUAGCUAGCCCACAUUUUCCAUGUUUUAAAAUGCAUUUGCUUGGAAAUGACAAUUGAUAAUGCUUAUAUUGAUAUGGAGAUAUAGGGCAGCCUUGAAAAAUACCUCGUUGCAUCGAAAUGCGAUUAGUCAAAAAGCCAUUAUUUAGUACAUAAGAAGUACGUUCCUUAUAAAGAGUCUUUAUCCAAGAUAAAAAUUUGUCACCAAAGUUGAACUGUUUUAAAGUCUGAAAAAGGAAAUUAUGAUUUACACUGUCAAAAGCCUUUUCAACAUCAAGUAAUAGUAUAGCUCCUGGUAUAUUAUUUGCUUCAGUGUACUCUAUGAUAUCAAAUAUUAAACGUACAUUAUGACUUAUGUUUCUACCUCUUAAAAAAGCAGAUUGAUCAGUAUGAAUAAGACAAUUAAUAAAACAUUAAAUACGUUCUGCCAGACAUUUUGCCAAUAUUUUAUAGUCAACCGUCAAAAGUGUAAUAGGCCGGUAGUUUUUAAUCAAAAGGUCAUCCCUGUUUUUUUUCGGAAGGAGGGUUAUAAUACCAUUUCUUUGUGACAACGACAUCAUCCCACUUCGUAUAGAAAAAUUAAAAGAAUCUAACAACAUAUCACAAAUAUCCGGCCAAAACACUACGUAAAAUUCAAUAGGAAGACCAUCAAAGCCAGGGGUUUUGUUGGUUUUCAUAGAUUUAAUGACAUCAACUAUCUCUUGUUUUGAGAGUGGUUUUUCUAAUAAUCCCUUUUCACUAUCUGUUAAUUCAGGAAUAGUUAUCUUAUUAAAUAGAUCUUGGAAAUUAUGGUCUGAGCUAUUCUGAUGUUGGGAAUUACUAUACAAGUUUUCAUAAAAGUCAUGAAUUUCUUUCAAUAUCUUAUCUGGGUCAGAAGACAACUUUCCUUCUCCAUCCUUGAUUGUACUGCCAAGAUCUAUUUUCUAAAUUAC